CGUCGCCACACCUACUUCCUCACUCUGUAGCACUCACUCACGCCCUCUACCAGGGUGCGGGUGAGAAGACAGUCAGUCAGUGCAAUGGGUUGAGGACGGCCAUGAUGCCCAUGAGCACCAGCAGCACACACCCUAUGGCGAUGACGGCGAUGGGCAUACCCUCGUCCUUCGUCUUGCUCUGCUCCUGCUGCUGGGACUCAGUGGCCUCCCUGGCCUCACUCUCGGUGAACGACGGGCGAACCAGAGACGUGAUGCUCAGCUCGGCCGUGGCUAACACACACACACACACAGAGUGCCUGUCGGUCUGGGGCUUGAGGAUGGCUGUGUACGUGAUGGCAUCGGGGCUUCUGAUGCGGCAGACGGGCCGUCGAGCUGGAGCAUGCGUUGUGGUGGCGGCUGUGGGCUGCCGCCCUUCUCGGACACUGCAAGCCGAAGCAUAGGCAUACGCAUGGCAAACCUAUUCUCUGCCUUGGCUGACAUGUUGGGAGUGGCUGUUGAUACGCAGACUGAGGAUGCCCGCCUGCACGGCCGACGCAGACACAAACACAGACACAAACCGGCCAAUCACAUCCAGGCAGACAGAGACACCCGCGCCUGCCCCACCGUGAGUUCUGCGGCGAUGGCGGUGCCGCCUCCACAUCAGCCGUCGCCCUCUCGUCCCACCCGCCCUGUGGGCUCCCCUCUCGCCCCUCUCGAUUGACCGAUGGUGUCUGUGGCUGGCCAGUGUGUGAGACAACAAAGCCAUGUGGGCCAAGAACAGGCAAAGCUGCGGAAGAAGCUGCAUGGAAGGGCUUGCUUGUGGAUGGAUGCUCGAGCAAUGGCAAUUAAGGAAGGAGGUUUGGUCUAUAUCAAUCAACGUACUCUCAAAGAGGUGGACGAAUGGAAG